AUGAAUGACCAAUAUGUGGGAAGCUUGCAAAGGAGGAAGAAGACCAAGGAGAGCAAGACAAGGAACGACGAAGAUAUUAGAGAGGUCAAUGACCGAAUUAACUAUUCAAUGAUAAAUGACUACCACGAUAGUAACUUCAAAAAAAAUUUUUACAUUAAGAGCAUACGGACCGAUGGCAACUGCCUGUUUAGGGCUGUGUCGGAUCAGCUAUACAACAACGAGGAUAAGUACAAGGAAAUAAGGAAGCUAGUGGUCGAUCACCUACAGAGGAAUGAGGAAAAGUACCAGCACUUCAUCGAGUAUGAUGAAAGUUACAAGUCCUACAUUGAGAGAAUAAGUCUAGAUGGGACGUGGGGCGGUCAGCUGGAACUGCAAGCAGUAGGCGAGGUGUUCACCGUGAACAUCCUGAUCUACCAAGAAAACGAGUGCAUCCUGGAGAUCAAAAAUCACAGUGAUGAUGAGAAGUGCAUCCAGCUACAUUACGCUUCCAGUGAGCACUACAACAGCGUCCGAUUUAAAAAUAGGGCUCUGGAAAACCAACUCAAGUCAAUUGUGGAACUCCGAGAAAUACUAAACAACAAUGACGAUAACGAGUCCACCAAGACGUUUUACGAAACGACGGACAACGAGCUGACAGAAGACAACGAAAAUGACCUGUCUGAAAAUACUGGCAACGAAAAUAAUAACCCUGGAGAGUGGGUUGAUGAGAAGGAGUUCACAUUUAAUAGUUCAUUGGAGGAGGACUAUGUACAAUAUGAUUACCCUAAGGAGAAUAAGCGAAACAACAUUUUUUCCCUCAGUGAUGAUGAAACGGAGCCUUGCUCAUUGGACAUUUUACAAAAUAUACAUAAAGGUAUUAAAAGGAAGGGCGUGAGGAGUAGAAGCAUGCCAAAUAUUAACGAGAGAUUUCUUUAUUUCUUCGCCAAAGAUGAAGUCCAUGAGAGCAUGGAGAGUGACAGCACCAUAGAUGUGCUGAAUGAGAAAAAGGGAUUCGAUAUGAGGAAGCCUAAAAAGAACGAAAACAAAAAGUUGAAUUUUCUCAAGUAUAACUAUAUUGGUGAGAAGCCCGAUGAUCUGCUGACCGAGUACGUGUCCUCCACUGGCAAUGCCGCUGCCUCUAUCGGCGGGGAGAACAAAACCAUUCGCAUUUUUUACAAUAAGACAUUUUACAAAUACCUGUGCAUGUCCAAAAUGAUGGAAGUAGAGGAUAAGCAUGUGGAGGACAAGGUGGGCAAAAAGCUCGAUCUGCUCAACGGCCAUUUUGUGUGUGGCAAUGGAGGGGGCGAGGCAUACAGAAGAACGGCACAGGAGAAUGCAGUACCAGGGAAAUCAUAUGACAGGAAUGAGGCCAACCGGAAUGGGUGCCAAACGGCAGAGGCGCCUAUCCCCCUGAAGCACUUGGACAGUUCAACCAGCCAGGGAUACAUUUCGAACUACGAAUUGGAGAAGAACUUUAGGAGGAUGAAGAAAAAGGAAGAGUUUCAUGAUUUUUUAAAUCUGUAUAGCGAAAAAAUUUCAUACAGCAAAAACUCCUUCUGCAAGAGUAUGUCGACCAACGACUCCAAGUGGAGUCAUGCGGAGGGGAUGGCCCCAAUCAGUGAGCAAGCCAAUGCUGAGUUCUUAAAUUGUGAAUAUGCGACAAGCUUAUCUUUGAAUAAGACUUCCAGCAGCAAUGAAGAAGUAACGGGUCCUUCGUUUUACUUCGAUAAGGAUUCGAUCAGCUUUGAGUUUCGGCCCGAUGUGUAUGGCAAGGGAGUUGACAAAAAUAUUUUAGCAGCAGUGGGUGAUGAGGCAAACAAAGGUGUCCCACUUCAGAAUGAAAAAGGGAAGAAGAUCUGUUGCAAUUUGAGGAGGAAGUCUCAGGACAUCUUUGACAUAAUAAUUGAUGAGGACUAUGUCCUAAGCAUGGAGAGCAACUUGUUGUGUUCUCGCAUUGGCAAUAAGCACGUGGGUCGAGGGAGUUGGCAUAAGAAGAGGGCGAUGUCUCAACAGGAGGAAGCACUAUCAUCGCGGAUGUGUGCACGGGGAGGGAAUAUAUCUUACCGUGAUGCCAGCCCUUGUGUGUUGAAUUCGCGAACGUCAUUUUCCUCUUCGAAGGUGUCAGGAGUGGGGACAAAUAACCAAAUUGCCGCCAAAGUUGGGGGCGGGCCCAACUGCAGGAUUAGGAGGAGGAACCACGAAGGGAAUUUUUCUAGUGGCGAGGGAAGUGGGAACACGUCUGGACAUUCGCAUGCAGAUGCAUUUUCACACCCGCGCAUAGACGGUACCCCCCGGGGAAGCCUAAACUCGAGGGACUUUUUCCUAAAGAAGAAAUACCUGAACAAAAAAUUUAUCAACAUGUUUUCGAAGGAUGUCCAUUCGAAGAGUCUCUUCCAUUUUUUAAACGCUGAUUUUCUACUCAGUGGAGACAACAUAAAAUAUAUAAUUCCCUUCCUAUUCAAUAGCAAACAAAUUAAUAUAUUUAAGGACAACUUGAACAGGAAGGAUUUCCACUUUUACGAGUACGUGACCUUUUCGUUUAACCUGGACAGGCAGAAAUUGAGGAAAAAAAUUGAGUGCUCCAAAACAUUAAAUGAGGAGUUUCUCAUUAAGGAGAAGCACAAAUAUAGUAAGUUCACACGUGGAGGGAAUGGCAAGUCGUCCUGUUCUGUGGGCAAGGGUCGGGAGAACCGGGUGAGGAUCAUUUCCCUUUAG